ACCCCAGCGAGGGCGAGCGGUUCAAGCAGAUCUCGCAGGCCUACGAGGUGCUGUCGGACACCCAGAAGCGCGCGCUGUACGACCGGGGCGGGGAGCGUGCCAUGAAGGAAGGGGGCACGGGCGGCCGCGGGGGGUUCGCGUCCCCCAUGGACAUCUUCGACCUGUUCUUCGGAGGCGGUGUGCGGAUGCGCGGCUGGGCCGACAGGCGAGGGAAGACCGUGGUGCAUCAGCUCUCGGUGUCCCUGGAGGACCUGUACAGCGGCACCACCCGGAAGCUCUCCCUUCAGAAGAAUGUCAUCUGCAGGAAGUGUGGCGGUUGCGGGGUGCGAGAGGGCGCCCAGCGGCGGUGCCCCAAGUGCCACGGCUCUGGCAUGGAGAUGCGCAUCCACCAGCUGGGGCCUGGCAUGAUCCAGCAGAUUCAGACCAUGUGCUCGCAGUGCCAGGGCCAGGGCGAGUGGAUCCGGCCCCGUGACUGCUGCCCAGCUUGCAAUGGCCGCAAGGUGGUGCGUGAGAAGAAGAUCCUCAGCGUCCACCUGGACAAAGGUAUGAAGGACGGGCAGAAGAUCACGUUCCAUGAGGAAGGGGACCAAGUGCCUGGGCUGGAGCCCGGGGACAUCAUCAUUGUGCUAGACCAGAAGGAGCACCCUGUGUUCCGGCGCAGUGGCAAUGACCUGAUGGUCCGCAAGGAGAUCAGCCUGGCCGAUGCGCUCUGCGGCUGCCGGCAGCUCGUUCGCACUUUGGACAACCGCACCCUGCUCGUCUCCUCCCAGCCAGGUGACAUCAUCCGGCCUGGAGACCUAAAGUGCAUCCCCAACGAGGGCAUGCCUGUGUACCGCAGCCCCUACCAGCGCGGCAAGCUCAUCAUCCAGUUCCAGGUGAAGUUCCCAGAGCCUGGUUGGCUGCCAGCUGACCAGCUGCGCCAGCUGCAGGCCUUCUUCCCAGCCCAGGAGGAGGUGAUGGCGACGGAGGACACGGAGGAGGUGGAGCUGAGCGAAUACGUGCCACAAGCUGAGCGUGGGCGGCGCUCCCACGCUGGCGAGGCCUACUGUGAGGACAGCUAUGAUGGCACGCGCCAGCAUGUCCAGUGCCAGACCUCAUAGCCCACCCUGGGGCCGGGGACCUGCCCCUACCCCAAGGCCGGGGAGGGGAAGGGCAGGCGAGGGGCUGAGCCACGCCUAUCAGGGAUGUAAAUAGCAAAAUCCUCCCCCCUUUCAAGCUCACGGGGUUCACGGGCCGGCCAAACUCGGACACUCCCUGGGGAUGCCCUUCCGCUCCCAUGGUGGGAGGAGUCUUGGCAUUGCUUGCUGUGGGGCCAGUGCCCCCCAUCCUGGCAGGAUGUGCUCUGGGAAGAUCUGGUGGGGGUGAAGAUGUAAGAUCCAGGGAGAUGGAGCUAAAAGUAGGAGCUUGGAUCCAGAGAGAUCUGGCAGGGUUUGGAGUUUGGAUCUGGGGAGCUCUGGCAGAGGGUAGAAGCUUGGGAUCCAGGGCGCUCUGGCAGGGGUAGGAGCUUGGGAUCCAGGGCGCUCUGGCAGGGGUAGGAGCUUGGAUCCAGGGAGAUCUAGCAGUGGUAGGAGCUUGGAUCUAGUGAGACCUGGAAAGGACAGGAGCUUGGGAAACCUCUUGGUGCUCCUUUUCUGGGAGCCACAGAGGAGGAGGUCCAGGUCCCAGGGCAUCGGGAUUGCUAUAAAUGGGGCCCCCAAGCUGUGGUAAUGGUGACUCGCUCCCUGCUCAGGCCCCUGUGCACCACCCUGUCAGUGCCUUCUCUUGCCUGGGAUCGGGUCCUCCCAGGAGCCUGGGGAUGGAAGCAAAGCCUCAGACCCAGCAGGGAUCAGCCUUGAUCCUGCACCCGGAGCCACCCUAGUGCUUCGUGGGUCUCUGGUGGGAGGAAGCUCCCAGUCUUGGAUAAACCAUUGCACUGCCCUGGGGACCUGCGGCAAGGGCAUUGAGGGGGCCAGCGAGGGAGGGCUCAGCUCCCAUCCUGGGGAGCACCGAGGCCCCCAGUGCUGGUCCUGAACUGUGCGCAGCUUCUGGUGGCUGGACUCCUCUCUCCAUACAGCUCUGAGCACAUUCACCUGCUUCCUGCCAGCUCUGCUUGCAGCGAAGCCCUUUGGAGUCCUCCCCUGAACCCGUGCCCGCAGGCUGAGAGAGGAGUUAAGCAUCCAGCCUGGUUCUGAGAGGGCAGCCGAACGCAGAGCGGUAUGGCCCAGUGAUUAGAGAAACACCCAUCACCCAGCUCUGUCACGGACUUCAGACACAUUGCCUCCCUUCGUGCCUCAGUUUCCCCCCAUCUGCAUGGAGGCCCCAGGCAGGGGCAGCAGAAAGAGCCCAGUGGGCGCCAAUCCCAAAGUUGUCUGGGGAACCUUCCUGCUGGGGCCCAUGCUAUAAAGCUGCCUGCCCUCGCUCCUUCCUUCAUCCCGCUGCUUCUGAGACCUGGAGACAUCUGACAGGGCAAGGUCGAGGGACUUUGCUGGGGAUGGAUCAUCUGUCAGCUCCUUUGCCCCUGCCGGACACGCUGCAGCCAAGCUAAUGCAUCUGUGGACCAGCAGCUCUGGGAUGACAUGGGGUACCCACAACGUGAUGUGUGUGGGCUGAGAUGAGGAACCCUCUAUUGCCAGAGGCCUGAUUGCGGCUGGAGGGGACAUUUGCUUCAGCAGCUGCUGCUUUCAAGAGAGGGAUGACAGGACUGGCGCCAGGUGCUGGUGGGCGACAACCUUUUGGGUGCAGCUGGGGGUAUGUAGGGAGCUACCGGCCUUUGGAUGGCUCCAGCUGGCAACAGAUGCUUGGGAGAUGGGCAAAGCGGGAGCCACAAAGUGCAGCCACAGGGUGGAAAUGCCUCCCUUCAGCACCCUGCCUGUGGGUUGGUGGCUGCAGUCUCUGAAUACAGCCACAGGCUAAAUCAGGGCCCCGGGGCUCUCUACAGCCCCAGGGCUUUUUUGGGGGUGGCAGGUGUCUGCAAAAGGCACCAGAGGUGGGGGAACCCAACCCAGACAUGGGCCCCAGCUGCCUUGUCCCUGCUGAAAUUGCUUGGGUCUCGGGGUCCCAGCAGACACUGGUCCCCAAAGGCCUUGGGGUUCCAGUUUCUGGGAUGCCUGGGCAUCUGUUGGUGGCACAGAGGGGUGGGUGUGGGGGACAGGAGCCAGGGAGGGGUUGGGUUGCCUGCUUUGCUUAUUUUAGCGGGUUUCGUUCUGGGUUAGGCAGGGAAGUAGCACUGUAGACUGUCCCCCUCCUUCUCUGGAGGGGAAACCCCUUUUAAUUUAUUUUUGGAAGGAUUUUAAAGGUAAUUUGGUUUCUUCCCCCCGCCCCGUUUAAUUUUUUUUAUUUUUUUUGAGACUUUGUACAUAGCAUUAAAAGCAACCCGCAGUGCA